AGGCGGUUUGAUUCGUUAACGAAUCGAGUGUAUGAUACUCCAUCUCCAGAUAGGUUUCCUCGUAAUUAAACCUCCAGACAGAUUUCCGGCUGACCCCUUUCUCUCCCAGUGGCGUAUUCGACCAAGAGAACUGAACAGAUGCUAAAACCCAAACCCUAAAUCCUAAAUGGAUCAAAUUCCCAAUCUUCCUCAACUCGAUCCAUCCAAAUUCUCUCAAAAUAGUCCUUGAUCAUGAACUCCUAAAGAAACCCAGAAUUCUUGCCAUUAAUUUCCGUGUCACCGGCUGAACAUUAGCAGUCGGUCAUCGCCACGAUGACCAAUUACACCGUCCCAUCACUUCCACCGUCCGCCUCCGGGGGCGACGGAGACUUUGAUUACGAUACGGCAUGGUACGGGAACAUCCAAUACUUAGUUAACAUUUCCGCCAUCGGAGCCUUAACGUGUCUCCUCAUCUUCAUCUUAAUUAAGCUCCGAAGCGACCACCGCCGCAUGCCCGGCCCCACCGCCAUCGUUUCUAAGCUCCUCGCCGCCUGGCACGCCACCGGCCGAGAGAUCGCCCGCCACUGUGGCGCUGAUGCAGCUCAAUUUCUCCUUAUUGAAGGUGGCAGCUCUGCCCUACUCCUUUCCCUCGCUGUGCUGGCCAUCUCCGUCAUGCUUCCAAUCAAUAUUUACGCUGGAAAGGCUUCUUUGGGAGACGAAUUCUCGAAAACCACCAUUAAUCAUAUCGAAAAAGGUUCGCCUUUGCUCUGGGUUCACCUUAUUUUUGUUGUAAUUGUUGUUUUUUUGGUGCAUUAUGGUGUGAAUGAGAUUGAAAAAAGAUUGAAAGUCACGAGGUUGCGAGAUGGGCAUGGUAAUCCUAGUGACCCUGGUGCAAAUUCGAGUGCAAUAUUUACUAUAAUGAUACAUGGGUUGCCAACAACUUUGGGCUUUGAUAAGACCCCAUUGGUGGAAUACUUUCAGCAUAAGUAUCCAGGGAAGGUGUAUGAAGUUAUUGUUCCGAUGGAUUUGUGUGCAUUAGAUGAUUUAGCUUCGGACUUAGUGAAGGUUAGGGAUGAUAUUUCAAAGUUGGUGGCAAGGAUCGAGUCAAGAGGAUUUCUGGAUGAGGUAGAGGAAUAUGAGGAUGCAGGGAAUGGAAGGGGAUUGUGGGAGAAGAUAUGUUUGUUGUGGAGGAGAGUGGUAGAUUUGUGGUAUCGGGCUAUGGGCGCUCUGGGGUUUUCUGAUGAGGAGAGAUUGAGAAAGUUGCAAGAGUUUAGGGCAGAUUUGGAAAUGGAGAUGGCAGCUUAUAAAGAUGGCCGAGCAAGGGGUGCUGGUGUUGCUUUUGUGGUGUUUAAAGAUGUCUAUGCAGCUAAUAAGGCAGUUCAGGAUCUUCGAAAUGAAAAGAGAAGACGGUUUGGAAGAUUCUUUUCCAUUACAGAGUUACAACUUCAAAGGAACCAGUGGAAGGUAGAGAGAGCUCCACUGGCAAGUGAUAUUUAUUGGAAUAACUUGGGUUCAUCAAAACUGUCUCUAAGAUUGCGUAGAGUGAUUGUGAACACAUGCCUGUUAUUGCUACUUCUGUUCUGCAGUUCUCCACUUGCUAUACUUAGUGGCAUUAGCAGCGCAGCACGGAUUAUUAAUGCAGAAGCUGUGGAUCAUGCUGAGACUUGGCUGGCUUGGGUGCAGAGUUCAAGCUGGCUUGCAUCCUUAAUCUUCCAGUUUCUGCCCAAUGUACUUAUUUUUGUCAGCAUGUAUAUUGUGAUCCCAUCUGUUCUUUCUUAUCUUUCCAAAUUUGAGCGGCAUUUGACCGUGUCUGGGGAGCAAAGAGCUGCGCUCUUGAAGAUGGUUUGCUUUUUCUUGGUAAACCUCAUUCUUCUAAGGGGUCUAGUUGAGUCAUCACUGGAGAGCGCUAUUUUGAAGAUGGGACGAUGUUACUUGGAUGGGGAAGAUUGCAAAAGGAUUGAACAAUAUAUGAGUGCCUCUUUUCUUUCAAGAUCUUGCCUUUCAUCACUUGCAUUUCUUAUUACAAGCACUUUCUUGGGAAUAUCCUUUGAUUUACUGGCUCCAGUACCUUCAAUUAAGAAGAUGCUCCGGAAGUUCAGAAAGAAUGAUAUGCUCCAGCUGGUUCCGGAGCAAAGUGAACUGGAAAAUCAUGACAUUGAAAGUUUGGAGAGGCCUCUGAUUUCUGAAGCUGCAGCUGGGGUAAUGACAAGCAAUAAUGGAUAUUUACAACAUUCUGCUUUGAACGGUGUUAAUUCACCAGGUCAAGACAUGUCUGAAUACCCUCCUGUUAGCAGAACCUCACCCAUGCCUAAGCGAACUUUUGAUUUUGCACAAUACUAUGCGUUCAACCUCACAAUAUUUGCCCUGACCCUCAUAUAUUCCUCCUUUGCUCCCCUUGUGGUUCCGGUGGGAGCUAUAUAUUUUGGUUACAGAUAUGUGGUAGACAAGUACAACUUCCUAUUUGUCUACAGGGUGCGAGGUUUUCCGGCUGGUAAUGAUGGGAGGUUGAUGGAUACUGUUUUGUUUGUAAUGCGGUUUUGUGUUGAUUUGUUUCUUCUCUCGAUGCUACUCUUCUUCUCAGUUCACGGGGAUUCCACAAAGCUGCAGGCCAUAUUCACUCUCGGGUUGUUAGUAAUGUAUAAGCUUUUACCCUCUGAUAAUGAAGGUGUACAGCCAGCCUUAUUGCAAGGCAUACAGACUGUUGACAACAUCAUUGAUGGUCCCAUAGAUUAUGAAGUUUUGUCGAAGCCUACUUUUGAAUGGGAUACUUAUAACUCAUAACACCAGUUGUUAAUAUAAUUUUUUGGCAUUAAGCUGAUAUUGGUCGUGGUAUAUCUGUAGAUACAUUUAUCUGUUCAUGAUCUGCUUCCA